UUCUCUGCUACUACCUAACUUGCAGAGACUUAUAUAAAGGUGCUAUUACUUUCUACUAGCUUUCGUCAAGCAAGUCCCCCUUCCUUCAAGAGGGUCUUCUUCGCAAGAGCUUCACUCUAGCGAUAUCUACCGUAUAUAGAAAUAAGAUAUAGGAUGUAGAUUGGAAGAGAAAUGGGUAGAAGACCUUGUUGCUCCAAGGUGGGACUCAAUCGAGGAUCAUGGUCUGCUCAGGAGGAUAAGAUCCUCGCCGAUUACAUUAAAGCCCAUGGCGAAGGCAAAUGGAGAGACCUCCCAAAGAGAGCAGGGUUGAAACGUUGCGGUAAGAGUUGCCGGCUCCGAUGGCUGAACUACUUGAGGCCUGACAUCAAGAGGGGUAACAUUUCCCCUGAUGAAGAGGAUCUCAUCAUCAGACUUCACAAACUCCUUGGCAACCGAUGGUCACUCAUAGCAGGAAGAUUGCCAGGGAGAACAGACAAUGAGAUAAAGAAUUAUUGGAACACGAAGCUCGGCAAGGAGGUAAAGGCCAUCCCGGAACAAUUAAAUGGAGAGAAAGAUCAUGAUAAACUAAAAGGGAGGAAAUCGAGGGCAGGUCUAAAGACAGAGGCACCUAAGGAACUAGGUGAGCAGGCAUAUCCUGUUAUUCGAACCAAGGCAGUGAGGUGCACCAAGGUAUACAUUCCACAACACCAAGAUGAUAGGAUGGCCGGCCAAAACUUGGAGCCUUGUUCCAAUGAGCAAGCUCCGACAUCAAUCCUUGAAGACGUUGACCCUGCAAACUUUUUUGUGGACUUUGACAUGCAAGAUCUCUUGUUGGAAGUUCAAGCUGACGAUGUCUCGCGAGUUUGCAUGAACGAACCCCCACAAGAUAGCAAUGGAGUUCAUGGCCAAGAAGGAAGCAACAAGAUGCUAUCACCCUGCUCUGACCUUUCACGUCAUUUUCAUGGAGCCAUGCUAGAGGAAUGGAGGGAUGGUGAUGGUCUCCAACCCAGUCUAGCCUCAGAGCUUAAUGCCUUGGCUUCUUUAUUAGACCUUGAAGAGUAAUGGCAAUAAAAGCAAUGAAAGAUAUUGCUAGAGAAGGCUCCUCCUCCUUUUUCUUCUUUCCUUUUUUUAAUCUUUUUCCUCGAGGGUGUCUUCCAUGACCACUAGCUAGACUGUAUCAUUCCAUUUUGUUCGAUGAAAUGGAGGUGAUCUGUCACCAUUUCCUUAAGCCAAAACAAAUAAAUAAAUAAAGAGGUGUUCCCGUCUAUGUUACUAGAGAAGCAAAGAAAGAUGCCUAUUUUAAUGUAGUAAUAAAUAUUUUCAUGUCAAUAAAAAUCUUUGGAUGUCCCUAU